AACCGAUUGAAACCAGAAGCACCAAUUCCAAGAAUCAAACCCUCACCAUGUCCAUUGCUUCAUCUUCCCAAAGCUUCUUCACCAACGCCCUCCUCUCUACCCCCCAUAAAUCAUAUCCAAAUCAUAUCCCCAAAAACUCCAUAAUCAUCUCUUCUAAACAUGAAACCCCCGAAGACUCAUCCAGAAUCAAAGAGAAUAACAAUCAACUUGCAAAGCUUGCUUUCAUGACAAUGGCAGCUGGGGUUUUGACACUAGGAUCAGUUGAUCCAGCUUUCGCUGCCAAAUCCGGCGGCCGUGUCGGUGGUCAGGCUUUCCGAUCUGCACCACAGCCUCGUUCAUCUUCACCAAGAAUCAAUAAUUCCAGGACCAAUAUUUACAUAAAUCCGAGGGUUGCGCCACCGCUGGUUGGUGGAUAUGGUUACGGGUGGGGGUGGUCACCGUUUUCCUACUUUGCACCUGGCCCAAGCGUGGCUAUUGGCGUGGGUGGUGGUUUUGAUACCUUGGUAUUGUUUAUGCUUCUUGGUGCGGCGGCCGCCGUCGUUAGAAGCUUUUUUCGAUCAAGAAACGAUUACGAUGAUGAAGAUUAGUGAAACUCUUGUAGAAGAACAUAUACUUAUAUUUGUUGAGGUUGUAUGUAAUUCUUCUAAAACAAAGAAUCAAAAGUUAAAAUCUCUAAAAUAAA